UUCUGGCCAAGGCAUUCGGGAGCGCGCACGUCGACUGGCGUUCUCUCGGGGACGAGCCGUGGCUGAGCCGCUGUGGGUGCCCGUGGCUCGCUUGCUUGCUACGCUUGUGUGCUGCUUAGUUGGGAUGCAAUAAUAAUAACAAUAACAUUAGCACUAAUCUAAGUGUAGCUGACGGAACCGAACUCCCCCCCCGGGACGCUGACCUCCGAGCAAGACUGAACGAUCCACCUGGACGCGAAUCACCAUGACCGAACACCAGAGGCAGCGCUCACUCUCCACGUCGGGGGAAACCCUCUACCACGUGCUGGGGGUUGACAAGAACGCCACGCCAGAUGACAUCAAGAAGUCCUACAGAAAACUGGCACUUAAGUACCAUCCCGACAAGAACCCAGACAACCCCGAAGCGGCGGACAAGUUCAAGGAGAUCAACAACGCACAUUCCACACUAGCGGACCCCACCAAGCGCAACAUUUACGACAAAUAUGGCUCCCUGGGUCUCUACGUGGCCGAGCAGUUUGGCGAGGAAAAUGUCAACACCUACUUUGUCCUGUCCAGCUGGUGGGCCAAGGCUCUGUUCAUCUUCUGCGGCCUGGCGACGGGCUGCUAUUUCUGCUGCUGCCUGUGCUGCUGCUGCAACUGCUGCUGCGGGAAAUGCAAACCGCGGCCCCCACCGGACAGGGAGCCAGAUUUCUACAUGUCUCCUGAGGACCUGGAGGCUCAACUGCAGUCUGACGAGAGAGAGGGUGUGGAUCCCAUCGUGAUGCAGCCAUCCUCAGCCACAGAGACGACCCAGCUGACGACAGACAGCCACACCAGCUACAGGACGGACACAGGCUUCAACUAGAUCACCAACCCCCACUCCUCCGUCCCCAUGUCCCCUAGGCCUGCUGCAUCCCCACCUCAUUCCCGCCCCCUUCCCUUCCUCAAUCCGAAAACCCAGGCAGCGGAAUACAAGACACAGAGAUGCCAUUUCCAUCCCGGAUGGUCACCAUGCCGAGGAAGAUGAGCGUGAUGAAGAGGCUGAUUCGGAACAAACUGACCUUUUUCAGACACCUCCUUCCACCACCAAACUUGCGGGCAUCAACAUUUCUACAGAGGACCAUUUUGCCUCCCCCUCCCAUCCACUUCUCCAGAGCUCCACCCCCAUCCAUGCUGCAAGCCCCUCCCCCCUUCUCGUUUUCUGCAGUGUUUCAAGAUCGACACUCUGUUUAUUUUUCUACUCCCCCCUGGUUUAAGGCAUAAUCUCACAUGGUCAUAUGUUCUUAUAUUCUUGACGUAAGUGUGCUCAUACAAUUUAGGAUGCAAUGCCCACCCCCAUGAAGGAAAACUGUAAGUCAUAUCAUCUCCUUAUGGUGCCCAGAGGGCUUCUCCCACACCUGUCGCUCUCGCACCCCUGUCGUCCCCCCCCCCCCCAGUUAGCAUUGCAUCCAGUUCUUGCCCAGUCCCGUGAAGCUCAUUACCUAAAAAUUGAAUAACACAAUACUGAAGAAUCUCCCUGAGUGGCGUGGGCAGAAAGCCCAAGUUACCAUGAGUCGUGGUGGAGAGUGGCUAGUUUGGUUUUUAUCUAUGCAAAAUCUGCAGUGUUUCACCCCCCGUAAGAGUUUUUGGUUCAUUCCGUUCGAGACUGAAUUCUGUGGACUAUACCAUUUGUAGAACUUAAGUAAGGUCAGAUUACCAUCAUAUAUUACUGAUAUUAAUUUUUUCCCCUGGAGGAUGCUUACUGAUGGUAAAGCCUCUAUUGGUUUAGUCUCCUUUUUGGUGUGGAGAGGAAUUGUGACCAUUAAUGAAGCAUUAAUUUAGCAUCUCCUCUGUUCAGAGUUUUCUUGUUGUCUUGAGCCCAGAGUUUGCAGGCACCAAAACUGACUGUCUGCGUUCGCAGUCUUUACGAUGAUGUCGGAAGAGGAUGGUCAUUUUGUGGUGUACCCCUGCUGUUUACCAGUCUGUCCGUAGUCCUCGUUUUAUCUCCGAAGUCUGCUUCACCACAGCUGUGCGUUCAGGGUCUGUAAAGGCCGUUGGGGUGGGGUGUGGAGGCAAGACAGGGUCCUGAAGGUACUGAACCAGCUUGCUGCACUAAUGCUGAAGUGAAACCUGGGUGGCUAUACCUGGAAAGCAGGCUAAGACUCUCAUAUCUCGUAUAAUAGGAAUUAUUAGUAAGCUCAAAUCGAUUACAGCGAUAUUUCCCAACCCAGUCCUUGGGGACCUUAGACAGUCCACAUUUUUGCUGCGAGGAGCUGGGAGGGAGCAAAAACAUGGACUGUCUGGGGGUCCCCAAGGACCAGGUUAAGUAACACUGGUUUAGAGGAUGGGCGGGACAGUACAGUGAUUAGGGAGACCAGAUAGGACACUCUGAGCUUCCGGAUUUACAAACUACCUUAAAACUGAAAGGCUCCUGUGCUUUGACUGAAUGUCACUUUUUAUUGCACUCUAACUGGUCUAUUUCCUUGAUUGAAAGACUCAUCCAGCUGUUUCACAUUAACAUUAGUGACACGCGCAUGAUUAUAGGAGACUGACCAAUCAGCACGGAGCAAGAACUCUGUGCUUUCAAUUGAACUGGGAGUUUACAUAUCCGGUCCCAGCCUAAAGUUUCCUCCCUGACAUGGAUUAUCUGGUCACUCUCGGAGGUGAGGUGAGCUUUUAGAACUCUUACUGUCACCCUGAGCAAGACUGCAGUUCUGGAAGGGUGGUUAGCAGAGCCAAGCGGCCAUUGGUUGGACCUCUCCUAUUGCUAAUUUGGUGGGACUAAUCCUGACUUUUUUUUUAAAAAGAGAAAACUGGCAUAUUAUCCAACUUCCCUUUUCUGAGAGACUUAAGUACUGUAGCUUCCUGAGUCUGUAAGGCUGAGCAAACUGUGAAACACUGGAUUAAAGAUCAGGCACUGAGCCCAGCUGGCCUAUGUGUGUGUGUGUGUGUGUGUGUGUGUGUAUGUGUUUAUCCUGUUUCAGUUCUGAUCAUGCCUCCCCCCCCCCCCCCCCCCCCCCCCCCGCGGACUGACACCCCCACUAGCACCUGUGCCGUCGGUGAUAGAGCUGGACAGCGGUGGCGGGCCUGGGUUCGAGUCGUGUUUAAGACACUGUGUCCUUUGCUUAAGUGACAGCGAGAGUGUAUAGAAAUGGCCAGCAAAACAGAGGGAAGAAAAAUACUUAGAUUUCAUGUAAAAGCCUGUCCUUACAUUUUUUUAUUUGAUGCAUAAGAUUUUCUUUAAUGAAAUAUUCGAGCUGCAGUUUUAUCAAACUGGAUUUCUGCAGCACUUUUAAUCUGACUCGCAAGGAACCGUUUUUCCUCCAUAUUCUGAACCUGAAAUGUCCGCGUUGGACAACAGCGAAUGUAUAUCUACAUAGGUACAGGAUCAUAUUCCCGUAAACAUUCUACGCCAUGUUAUGACUGAACACCCGUGACUUGGCACUGAUUAUUGUAUUUGUUUGUUUUAAUCAUUAUGCUACAAUCUCUACCGGGUCUGAGCUGUAACCAGGGACGUGUUUCAAAUCGUUUUAUUUCCUGUAGGACGACUCGGCUGGUGCUUUUGCAUCGGACAUAUCCCCGCAUGCGCCACAAAUCAAAUUGAUUAGAAUAAUUAUAGGAGAAAUAGAAAUUAAUAUAUUCGGCUUGUAUUUUAUAAAAGGUUUUUGUCAGGGCAAGUUUGCACGUCGUUGGAAUAUAACAUCUUUGAAUGUGCAUUUAAAGUGGAACAGGCAUUGCAAAAUAAAAUAAAAAUAUUGUUCGACUUUUUUGAAAACGGGUACAAGUGUUAUACUAAUUAAGCUGUUUUGAUGAUUCUUGCUCUGAAGAAACGUUUGAUCAUUUUAAUGAAAUAGAUAGUAAUUCUCGUUGCGAUGAUGUCUUUAUCACGGUUAAGUAUUGUUUGACAAGCCUGAUUCCUCAUUAAUUAACAAGUUGGCUCGCUUAACCUGGCCAGGAUAAGCAGUUACACGAUGGAUAGAUAGAUGGUUUUUCGAACUUUGACUAUUACUGUUUUGGUUUUUAAGUGUGAUGCGCAAAAUUAGUUUAUCCCGAGUGGUACCAUAGCCCGUCGAUUCCGGUGACGUUCAUCCGGCCAAUGACCUGUAGUAACCUCACUAAAUCGUUACAGGUCCGCUCGCAGCAGUCAUUUUAUUGUGCAGGCGUAAUAGUUGUGGUCCAAUGUGGGCCAGCAAUGAAACUGUUAUAGAGAAGCUGCUGUUUCUACUUUAUGGUAAAACCUAAAUCCAGAGGUUAAUUUUAAAAUAAAUAUAGCAACAUAUGAGGGGAAUGAAAUGAUGUAAAUUUCACACCCUGUAACACCAAUCAUUUACCUUUUAUGGUUUGUGCAUUUUUUUCCUGAAUAUGUCUUAAUACCAGGGGUUCAAUCAUCUUAAUCACACUAGAAUCAAACCCCCUAUGCUCUUGCUUUCCUGCGGCCUGGUCGGUUGUGUUUCUAUCUGUAGUAACUCACUACGGAAUAAAUAUCCCAGAAUCCCAAUUGCUGUGGCUUCUUUGAGAUGGGAACUGCUAACUGUUCUAGUGAAUGCAAUGUGUAUUCAAGAGUAUAUCUCAAAACGGAUCGAUUAAACAAAAAAAAAACGUUCUGUUAGAACCUUCAAACAAGCAUAUAGUGCAUAGUGAAACGGUUAUAUGAUGCAUUUAUUUAUUUAACUUUUAUGUUUUUAAUAAAAGACUAGUUUAAAUGGUAUGUCAUUAGAUGUGGCCAUUAAACAAGGUGUAAUACAAGAAUUAAUGGUUAUGGUCUCUUGUACAUACAUUAUAUGUGAAUAUAUUGAGUAUAAUACCAGUUUUAUGUUUUAGCAUGUUUAUUUACUGUGUGUUCAAAAGAAAACAAACAUGGGUGAUUAUCUGAUUUGCUGUUGUACAAUAAAUGUUUCUGACGCUUAA